AGCUGUCAUUUUGUCCUGUCAGAUUUCGCCUGCUCCUGGUAACCCCAGUUGCCAGGGAGACUUCAACACUCCACAAGAAUUAAGAUUAAGAGUAGGUAUUAGUCGUUGCCAAGUCCGUUUUGCCAGUAAUAAACAAAACCGUAAAAAAUAGCCCUGUUCGUCAUUUUCGCAUUUGCUAGUUUUUACACAGCGCCCUCUCGUAGAAAGGGGGCGUGAUUGACUAUCCAAGAUGGCGGCCCCCAUCUGUGUGACAAAUGUCGAAGUGAAGGACGUGCGAUUCCCAACAUCUUUGGAACAACAUGGUUCAGAUGCAAUGCACACAGACCCUGACUAUUCCUGUGCAUAUGUCAUCAUCACAACCAAUGAUGCUGACAAUGAGCUUACUGGCCACGGACUGACCUUUACCAUUGGGCGAGGCACAGAAAUCGUGGUUGCUGCAGUCAAGGCCCUGGCACCGUUUGUCACUGGCAAGGCCCUCUCAGACAUCUACGACAACUUUGCCAACUUCUACCGCAUGUUGACAAGUGAACCUCAGCUGAGAUGGGUGGGACCAGAGAAAGGCGUCAUUCACCUCGCCACUGCUGCCAUUCUCAAUGCAUUAUGGGACUUGUGGGCCAAGCGGGAGGGCAAGCCGGUAUGGAAGCUCCUGGCUGACAUGGAACCAGAACAAAUUGUAAACUGCAUCGAUUUCAGAUAUAUCACAGAUGCUUUGACAAAGGAGGAAGCAUUAGAGAUACUGAGGAGCAAUCAAGCCACCAAGAGAGAGAGAGAACAAACGCUACUAAAGGAUGGCUACCCUGCUUACACAACCUCGACUGCCUGGCUGGGCUACAGUGAUGAAGUGCUGCUACAACGCUGCAGGAAGGCCUUGUCCGAAGGCUGGACCAAAUUUAAGAUGAAGGUUGGGUCGGACCUGGCAGACGACAUUCACCGAGCAGAGCUGUUACGCAACGAGAUUGGAUACGACAAAAUUCUUAUGAUGGAUGCUAACCAGAAGUGGGGAGUGGACGAGACCAUCGAGUGGAUGGGCAAGUUGGCCAUGUUCAAACCCCUGUGGAUUGAGGAGCCAACUUCUCCGGAUGACAUCCUGGGCCAUGCUAAGAUUGUUCAGGCCAUGAAGCCCCUUGGCAUCGGGGUGGCUACCGGGGAACACUGCCAAAACCGAGUCAUGUUCAAGCAGUUCCUGCAAGCCGGUGCCCUGCAGUACUGCCAAAUUGACAGCUGUCGCGUUGGCAGCAUCAACGAGCUGCUCUCCAUCAUCCUCAUGGCCAAGAAAUUUGGAGUUCCGGUUUGCCCCCAUGCCGGAGGGGUGUCGCUUUGUGAGCUGGUGCAGCACGUCAUCAUGUUUGACUACCUGUGCGUGUCGGCUACACUGGAGAACAGAGUGUUGGAGUACGUUGACCACCUGCAUGAGCAUGCCAAGUAUCCCAUUGUCAUGAAGGACACGUGCUACACACCUCCGAAGGAGCCUGGCUACAGUACAGAGCUGAAGGAGCAGACUCUGGCAGACUACGCCUACCCAGCGGGUCGAGUGUGGCAGGACCUGGCCAGGGAAGGAAAGGUCACCCUCUGAUGAGUUGACCUCCCAGCAGGCUUUGCUGCAGGUCAGGUCAGGCCGAUUGAGAUUCCUUUUUAAAGCAGGACAUUUCGGCCUUCUGGAUGACAAACUUGUUUAUCAUUUCCAACACAGCAUUUUGUCUAUAUGCUUUCGCCAUGCCUAUGAUUAAGGCAUUGAUAAAAAUGUUUUUAUAUCAUCAUGUAUUUCUCUUCAGUGGUGAAGGAAUUUUGUACAGUUGGGAUAUUUUUGCUGUUAUGCUAAAUUUAUAUUUCAAAACUGAGAUCUUGGGCAAUUUGGUAUUUUUAAUGAUUUUUAAAUAUUUAUUGAGGAAAGUCGUGCAAUGAAAUGUGGAAUAUUAUUCUAAUGUAUUUUUCAACAUUGAAACAUCUCAGUGCCAUAUAAUUUCCAAUUACUUAUUCUUUAUUCACUGAAAUUUAAUGUAUACUAAAGGAACAGGUGGUACUAUUUUGAAAUUUGCUCUUCAAAUUGAAAAUCACACUACGAGAAUCUGUACCAGCAAUUUGGAAUUCCUUGCCUGUGGAAACAUCGCUCAGUUUUACCUUAAUAUGUUUUCAUCCAUCUAAGAGUUUUAUAUGUACUUUUGAUAUCAACAUUUAAUUGUAAACCUUUCUGACUUCGAAAUUUGUUCCAGUGUGUCUUUGAGAUGCAGUUUUAUGUGUAGGACAAUAUAUAAUCGAGUCAUGUUUUCGUAAAUGUUUCAAUAUUCCUAGUUACAUACAGAUUAUCACCUCAUUCAUCUAAGCAAGUUCAAAGUUGUCAGAGCUACCAUUCUUAUAAUAUCCCCUAAAACAAAAUGGUGCACAUCCAGAGUCGACAUAAUUUUUCAUAGGUUUUACCUAUCUGAUGCCUACUAUUACUAGGUGUGAAUAUGAGUGGUUUACCAAGAUGGAGAGCAAGUAAAAAAACAAAAACAAAAAGGAGUAGAGAACAAAAA